AAACUCAUUGAAAUAUUCUAUCCUCCACAUGGCCUCCAAGAACCUCAAGCUCAGGGACCUCUUUUCUGAAUCUGGUAAAAUAUUCAAAGCACACUCUCGCCACUUCCACACUCUCACCCUCAUCUUCCUCUUCCCCCUCUCCUUCCUCUUCCUCUUCCUCCUCCCUCUCAACUUCAACCAUUCCUUCACCAAACCAUCUUCAACAACAAACCACCAACCCUUCUUUCACCUCCUCUAUUCCCUUUUCCUUUCCAUCCUUUCCUACUCUGGAGUCAUCAGCAUCACCAACAGCGUUUUCCACUUCUUCUACGACCAACCCGUCAACCUUCUUUCUGCUAUCAACUCCAUCUCCACCUCCUUCUUACCCCUCCUCGCCACCACCGUCGUUUCCCAUGUCAUCUUCUUUUUCAUCUCACUUUUCUAUGGCCUUCUCUUGCUUCUUCUCAUUAGUGGGGCUACCCUUUUCAGUGUAACAAUUCCACACUCUUUUCCCCCUUACUUAAUUGCGUUCUUUGUUUCGCUUCCUUUGCUACUUGUGCUGGUACAUUUGCAAGUCAAGUGGACCUUGGUGCAUGUGAUUGUGGUCGUGGAAUCAUGUUGGGGUUUGGAGCCCCUAAGAAGAAGUGCGAGGUUGAUCAAGGGAAUGAAACGGGUGGCUCUAUCUUCUUUUCUCUUCUAUGGGUUCUUCGCCGGGAUCAUUGUGGGGAACUACUUACUUUUCACGAUGAGUUCUACUUCUAAUAGGGGUAACGGCAACUGGGUUACUGUAGUGUGCAAAUGGGGAUUCACUGCGUCGCAAUCUUGUUUCCUUGCACAGUUUAUGCUUUCUAACAUUGCGGUGAACACGGUCCUGUACAUAUAUUGCAAGGCUAAUCAUGGUGAGCUUGCAGAGGAGUUUGAGAAGGACAGUGUUAGCUUUCUCUUAGAUGAUGGAAAGCUCUCUAAUAUUGCUGUUUAAAGUUACUGCCUUACAGGGUAAUCGAUCACUGUGAAAAUUGUAGGGUUAAUUUUGUUCUAAGGACUACAUAUUUUUUGUUUUUGUUCCUUCCAUGGAUUUGUGCAGAUAUAUUUUUCUUCUGUCUCAGUGACCAAAAUAAAUGUCUCAUGUACGUAGUUUGAAGAGUAGACACUCGUAUCAGUGAAUGAAAUUGUGGUUGCAAAUACUUAUAAUAGCAUAUUUGAUUUUGUA